GGUAUGAAUUGUCAUUCCAAUUCGCUACAGACAGGAAAAACCCUUCCCUUCCACGACAAGUUUUAUUUCCGCCGAACAAAAACCAAAUCCAAACAGAAACUGAAUCAGAAACGAAAUGGCGCAACCAGGCCAGAUGCCCGUACACCCCCAAAUGCCACCCGACCCCCAAGUACCCAUACCCGGAUCCGAACCCGCCCAUCGGACCUCCCUGAAGCGCCUCCGAGAGGACGAGUUUGCUGUGGUGUUAUCCGGACAGGAGCUCCAGGAACCCGGCCCGAAGCGCCGGGCCAAGGCCCAGGACGUCCUCUUCAGAAUCGUCGUUCCCUCUCGGCAGAUCGGAAAAGUAAUAGGGAAGGAGGGGUGCCGAAUCCAGAAGAUUCGCGAAGAGACCAAGGCCAAUAUCAAAAUCGCCGACGCCAUUGCUAGACACGAGGAACGUGUGAUUAUAAUAAGCUCAAAGGAUAGUGAUGAUUCGAGUAGUGAUGCUGAGAAAGCGCUGCAGCAGAUAGCUGGGUUGAUUCUGAAGCAGGAAGAUGAUAGUGGUACUGAGGCAGCAAAAGUUGGUGCAGGACAUGUGGCUGCUAAUACAAUAAGACUUUUGAUUGCUGGGUCACAAGCAGGUUCUUUGAUUGGGAUGUCUGGCCAGAAUAUUGAGAAAUUGAGAAAUUCUUCUGGUGCCACAAUCACAAUCCUUGCUCCAAAUCAGUUGCCUUUGUGUGCGUCUGCACAUGAAUCUGAUCGAGUUGUACAGGUAUCAGGUGAUUUCCCUGCUGUUCUGAAGGCUCUGCAGGAGAUUAGUGAUCAACUAAGAGAAAACCCGCCCCGACAAGUGAUUUCUAUUAGCCCAGCCUAUAACUACACAACAAGACGACCACCUCAAGUUCAACCAUACAUGGACCCAGCUUCAGCUGAAUAUAUAACCUUCGAGAUGGUGAUAUCGGAAACACUAGUUGGUGGGUUGAUUGGUAGAAACGGCUCCAACAUUUCAAGGAUCAGAAAUGAGUCUGGAGCAACGAUCAAGGUUUAUGGUGGAAAAGGUGUGCAAAAGCAUAGGCAAGUUCAGUUUUGUGGUAGUGCUCAACAGGUGGCACUCGCAAAGCAGAGGGUUGAUGAGUACAUAUAUUCUCAGCUGGUACAACAACCUGGCGCUCAACAGCCCGUUUUACAGUGAAUAUGAGGCAGGAAACACCGAUCUCGUUCAUCAAUUGCUCCAAUCACCACUACUGAAUCAGUUCAUGUUAACUGCUGACCCUCGAUUCUUCAUUAGCAUAUUUGUAAAUGCGAGUCAUGCAGUUGGAUUGCCUAUGCUCUCUGCAACAGUGAUGUACCAGAUAUCGAAACUAUCGACAAUUUACAGUACUCUUGUUUGUAAUGGUUGUGUGUUGCCAGAUACUUGAAGAUAGAAAAAAAAAAAAAACAAAUCAAGGAAGUUUGGCCUGGUGAAAUUUGCUUGCAGAGUGGAUAAUUAUCACUAGAGCAAAAACAAUCAAUGAGAAUCUUUUAUUCUGCUUUCA